AUGGUUGUCAGCGAACACGUCCACACUGUAGAGAGGACCCCGGCAAGAGAGCAGGGCUUCACACUCCAUCACCCCAUCCCUACAAAAGCUUCACAGACACUCUCCCAUCCUGUCACCCUUCUCCAGGCCACUCUGGACACAGCUGCCCAGACCUCGCUGCGACGCCCCCAUCCUCUCAGUCACCCCGCCCACCAGGCUCUGCGCUGCACCGCCCUCUGGCACACCAGGGUGCGCCACAGCUCCCUGGUGUUUCAGCCUCUGGAGAAGCUUGAUAGUGGAGGUACCUCGGCGCCACCUCGUGACAGAAGCCUGAACUGCAGCCUGAACUUGGCAGAGCAGAAAAGUGGGAGGGAGGGGCUGCGGCCCAAAGCCACCACCAGAGAGAACUUUCUGGAAGGCUGGUUUCCCUCUGGUGUAAAAUAUGAUGAGAAGUGCCUGCAAAAUUUGAUCAAGAGCCUAUGCAGCAUCCCCUUCAAUCUGAUCCAGUCUCAGUGUCAGAAAAUGCAUACCAAGGUCUUUGUCAAGAGUGCCAGCAUUGCCUUCGAGUUGAAGAAAGUCAACAGCAUGAUUUGCAAUGAAGAUAACGGAAGGGUGACCAAGAUCAAAGGAUAUGAAGUCCCCCAGCAAGCUCUUGACCACCAGAGACUCCACUCAGAUCCACAUAUGAGUGACAGCAGUAAUUCUAGGGCAGACGUGAUGACCCAUGAUAUUGAAAUGGGGCCAAAUCUUAGGAACUGCAUGGCUGAAUCCCUGCAGAUCCAUGAAGAGAAUGCGCCCAAGCUUUUGUCCUUCAACUCGAGCAACAACACAUCCUACAAGCUGGUUGGCCUGCCCAACACCAUGCAGAAGGCCCCCAACCUCAAGAGCCUGAACCUCUCCAAAAAUGAGGUUAAGUCUGAAGGGGAGUUGGACAAGGUGAAAGCGCUGGAGUCAGAAGAGAUGUGUGCGGACAGAAACCCUCUGUGCACCACCUUCCCAGAUAAGUCCACCAACAUAAGGACUAGGAGUGUGGAGACUGUGCCUUGCUCGUCCACUGGGGCUGCCUGGAGCCAGAUCCUGGUGCCCUGGACGGACAACCAUGAGGUACCCCUACCCAUUGUCUUUGGCAUUGAAGCAUCCAAGAAGUUACCAGUCUGCAGGGUGAGGAGGUAUUACUGGGUCUAUGACUAUGGGGACAGGCUGGGUCUCCUGGAUGCUUACCAUGACGAGGCCUGCUUCUCGCUGACCCUUCCCUUCAACCCUGAGGACCUGAUUCCAAGCUGCUUGGACAAAUACUCUAAGGGGAGCAGGAAUAUAAAGAAGCUCAAGGACCCCGUCCUGCGGGUUCAGUUGCUGAAACACACAAAACAUGACAUUGUUGACUCCCUCAGUGUAUUGCCCAGAACCGAGCAUGACAUCAGCUCCUUGGUGGUGGACAUGUGUGUCCAGACGGAAAAGAUGCUCUGCUUUUCUGUCAGCGGUGCCUUCAAGGAGGUGGAAGGAAUGUGUCAGGCUCAUGUUCGUGCCUUCACCCGGAUCUUCAUUGCUACUCCUUCCAGCAACUUCAGCUCUCUACCCACCCUCUCCCAGCAGCAGCAGGAAAUGGUGGCAGCGUUCACUGCCCAGUCUGGGAUGAACCUUGAGUGGGCUCAGAAGUGA